AAAUCACCGGUUCAAUCUCCCUAAACCAAUCACCCCAGCCAGAUCCGUAAAAACCUUUAUUAAUCUAUUGGUUCGGUUCGGUAAACCAUCCAAAAUCACCGGUUCAAUCUAAACUUUAACCGAAUAAUCCGAGCCUGAUUCAUAAAACAUCAGAAGAAGCUCAAACUCUCCGAGCUCGCUUCCUCGAUCGAAGCCCUAGAGAGAAGAUCCAAACCCCUAACGAGAGAUUCAGCAAAACGAUGGAGGACGCCGACGGACUCAGCUUCGAUUUCGAAGGCGGUCUCGACUCCGGACCUAUCCAGCCCACAGCUUCCGUCCCCGUCGCUCCCCUCGAAAACCAAUCCUCCGCCGCCGUCAACCUGACGCCGAGCUACGAUCACUCCUCCGCGGCGGCGGCCGGAGCUGGGAGAGGGCGGAGUUUCCGCCAGACCGUUUGCAGGCACUGGCUCCGAGGUCUGUGUAUGAAAGGCGACGCCUGCGGGUUCCUCCAUCAGUACGAUAAGGCUCGUAUGCCGAUCUGCAGAUUCUUCCGAGUGCACGGUGAAUGUAGAGAGCAGGAUUGCGUCUAUAAGCAUACUAAUGAAGAUAUCAAAGAAUGCAAUAUGUACAAGCUAGGGUUUUGUCCCAAUGGUCCUGAUUGUAGGUACAGGCAUGCGAAGCUGCCUGGACCACCACCUCCUGUGGAGGAAGUUCUUCAGAAGAUACAACAGUUGACUUCGUACAACUACGGGCCUAAUAGAUUCUACCAACCACGGAACGCUGCUCCGCAGUUGGGGGAUGUUAAGCCUCAGGUGCAAGUUCAGACGCAGGAGCCAGGUAACUUGCAGCAGCAGCAGCAGCAACAGCCUCAGCAAUCACAACAUCAGGUCAGCCAGACUCAGACUCAGACUCAGACGCAAAACACUGCUGACCAAACUUCUCAUCCUUUGCCGCGAGGGUUAAAUAGGUAUUUUGUAGUAAAAAGUAACAAUUCAGAAAAUUUUGAGUUAUCUGUGCAACAAGGAGUAUGGGCUACACAAAGAAGCAAUGAAGCGAAACUUAAUGAAGCUUUUGACACUGUGAAUAAUGUGAUCUUGAUAUUCUCUGUCAACCGAACACGGCAUUUCCAGGGCUGUGCUAAGAUGACAUCCAGAAUUGGUGGUUACAUUGGUGGAGGAAACUGGAAAAAUGAACAUGGAACUCAACAGUAUGGUGGGAACUUUUCAGUUAAAUGGUUAAAGUUGUGCGAACUGUCCUUCCACAAAACCCGGAAUUUGAGGAAUCCUUACAACGAGAACUUACCUGUGAAGAUAAGCAGAGACUGUCAAGAGUUAGAGCCCUCCGUUGGUGAGGAGCUGGCUUCCUUGCUUUAUCUGGAACCAGAUAGCAAGCUUAUGGCAAUCUCCAUAGCUGCGGAAGCCAAACGAGAAGAAGAGAAAGCAAAGGGCGUGAAUCCAGAGAGCAGAGCUGAGAACCCAGACAUCGUCCCAUUUGAGGACAACGAAGAAGAGGAAGAGGAAGAAGAUGAAAGCGAGGAGGAAGAAGAUGGCAUGGCGAACGGUCCUCAAGGCAGAGGAAGAGGAAGAGGGAUGAUGUGGCCUCCUCAAAUGCCUAUGGGACGUGGAAUCAGACCAAUGCCCGGAAUGGGAGGUUUCCCUCUCGGAGUAAUGAACCCGGCAGAUGCUUUUCCCUAUGGACCUGGUGGCUAUAACGGUAUGCCAGAUCCAUUUGGUAUGGGUCCAAGACCCUUUGGACCAUAUGGACCGAGGUUCGGUGGUGAUUUCAGAGGACCUGUACCGGGGAUGAUGUUUCCCGGUAGGCCUCCGCAACAGUUUCCACAUGGAGGUUAUGGUAUGAUGGGAGGCUCAGGGCGUGGUGGACCGCUUAUGGGAGGAAUGGGAAACGCUCCCCGAGGAGGAGGCAGGCCAAUGUAUUAUCCACCAGCUACAACAACAGCAUCAUCAGCACGUCCUGGCCCUACUUCUUCCAACAGGAGAACAACACCUGAGAGAAGCGAUGACAGAGGGGCGGUGGAUGAAUCUCAUGAGAUGGAGCAGUUUGAGGUUGGAAACAGUUUGAGAAACGAAGAGACUGAAAGUGAAGACGAAGACAAAGCUCCUAGACGAUCAAGGCAUGGAGACAAGCGUCGGUGAAAAACUGUUUUCCUAAGAUUCUAUCAAUGAGAGUUUACUUGUCUAUUGGAUUUAGCAGAUUUUUGUUUUUUUUUUAAUGUUUUGUAUUUUCAGACUCGUGUUUAGUGAUUAGAAACUAAAAAAUUAUAUAUCAUCUGUUUUUAUUGAUAUUUUUUUGCCA